ACUUGGGUCAAGUCGUAAAAGUAAAGCAAGACGGCAACUUAAAGAAUCUGAAGAAGAGAUUAAUGAAAAGACCUGGGUAGAUGAAACCCCCGAAAUAACACAGAUAUCAUUGGAUACAAAGACAGUAAGCCAAGAAGAACAAAGGCAAGACGUGGAGCAGGAUAUGACAUUAAAGGUUUCUUAUGACAGCUCAGUAUUUUCAGUGUUUACUCCUGGUGAUUUAUCUGAAAUUCAAAGCUCCAUGCAAAAGAACUAUCCUGAGACAGACCUGGACAGUUUAACUCAAGGAAUUGUUAAUCACCCAGGGGAUCAAGAUGAGUCAAAAACAAGUAAGGUUGACUUAUCUUAUAAAUCAGAGGAAGAAUCUUCAUUGGAUAAAUUUGACUUAAUGGAAAGUAAAGAUGAAACUCUUCAAAAUAAAGAAGUCAUCAGUCCUGAACAUUCAAAGAAUGAUGUAAAACAAGCUGAUGAACCAGAUGACCCACCAACAAACAUAGAAAGAAGUCUGCAAAUGGAUUACACAUCUGAAACUGUGGCACAUGAUGUUCCUCAAUAUCUAGAAACCGAUUUGGGAGACAUGAUUGACCAAGCUGAAAUCAUCAGCAGUAUCCAGUCAGAGCUAGUGAAAUGCAGUGAUGGUUCUGAUACCAAACAGGGACUUCUACCUGCUGAAGACCAACAAAAUCUGUGUUUCAGAGCAGAAGGAAAUGUGGAGGCUUUAGAUCAGAUAAGUAAGGAUGACCAUCUUUAUGAUUCAAAGAAAACGUGGAUGGCAGAUGGAGUAAAUACUACCAGUGGUCAGGUGGAUGAAGGUGAAGGCCUUAUAGGGGAUAUUAAACACAGUCCUGCAAACGCCCAGCCUCAGGAAGCCUCUGGGAAUAUGGAUAAACAAUCCAACAAAGGAAAACUGGGUUUUAGCUGUAAAAGUGAGGGAAGACAACAAGAUAAAGACUUUAAAAAUGAGGCUAAAGAAAGGUCCAGUGGUGAAGAAACCACACAGACAUCAUUAGAUACAAAGAUAAUGAGCCAGGAAGAACUAAGGCUAGACAUGGAGCAUGAUGUCAUUUUGCCUGUGUCACAUGACAGCUCAAUGCUUUCAAUCAUUCCUUCUGGUCAAUCCUUAGAGGUUCAAAGCUCCAUGCCAAACAUCUAUCCUGAAAAUGACCCACAGAGUUUGAUUCCAGAAACAGACAACAAUAUGGAGUUAUCUGAUGAAUCAUGGGAAGUGACUUCAGGAUGUCAGUCUGACACUCUUAGAAGUAAACCUGGAAUUCAUCAAACAAAGCAUGUCAAAGGCCCUUAUCCAGGUGAUAAAGUGGGACAAGGUGAAGAACAUGAGGCACUGCAAACACAAGCACAAGAACCUCAGCAAAUGGAUUACAUAGUUGAUAGCCAUGUGGGGGAAGGUGGAAUUUUUGUGGAGGAUACCAAAAAGCCUACUAACCCCCAACUUCAGGACCAUUCUCUGAGCACAAAUAAGCAAACUAAUGUGGAUUUCAGCUUCAGUGUGAGCAGAAAAAAACUGGGAUCUAGUCGGAGAAACAAAGGAAAACAACUGGGUAAAGAAUCUACAGAGGAAGCUUUACAUAAUACAAGAGGUGAUAAAACACAUGAAACUCCAUCAAUGUCGUCAUUACCAUCCAUGACAGUAGAGCAGGAAGAACUAAUAGAAGACACUAAGCAUGACAUUAUCUUGUCUGUUUCACAUGACAGCUCCAUGGCUUUAAUUCAUCCAGUUAUUUCUUUUGAUGAUCAGAGCUCUGUGCUGACAAAUUAUCCUGACAAAGACAUGCAGAGUUUAAUUGUAAAAAAGUGUAAUCUUCAAGAAGAUCUUGAAAGAAAUUCAGACAAUUUGGUUCAAGAUGGGGAAAAAUCAGCAGAUUUAUCAAUAAACAAAUCAGAUUGUUUUUACAGAGGAGACACUGGAAAUGCUGUUUCAGAAAAUGCUGUGGAUGAUGUGCAUGAAGACAUACAUUCAACACAAAUUCAAGACAGUCUGCAAACGAAUUCAAAUGAAACCUUUAGAGGUGAUGCUGCAGAAAAUGUUGAAAUUUUUUCCGGAACUCUGACUGACCAAGCUGAAGUGUCUGAGCUCAAGGUGAAAACUAUUGAGGAAAUCACCACAAAAGAGGAAGCAUACCCUUUGAAAGGAAUCAUCUCAGAUUCUCUAGGUCUAAAAAAUGAAGAAACAGUCCAGCAUGAUGUAAAACCCAACACUGAUCAAGAACUUCAUCAGGACAAGGAAGGGCUUUUUUGUGAAAUGGAGGAAAAUGAAUUUGUCUUCUCAAGCCUUCAAUCAGAAAAAAAAUCAUUUAACUUCCAGCCUCAGGAAUCCUCUGAGAGUGUUGAUAACCCGACAAAAGUCUACCUCCACAGCAGUGGUAACAGGAAAAAAUUUGGGUCUAGUCGUAGAAACAAAAGCAGGAGUAAAACAAAAGAUUCAGCUGAUGAAACAUGCAAUCAGCCUAUUAAGAGGGUUGACGUAAAUGCAAGUAUAAAUGAACUCUAUGAAAAAACAACAGAGACUGCAGUACAGGGCCAAGAAAAAUCAAUGUCAAAUGUGCUGGAUGAAAUGGAGGAAAAUGAAUCUUCUCAGACUGAAGAUGUAAAUACUGGCACUUCUGACUGCACUGCUGUAGGAAUACAGCCAUCACCCACUGUUGAUCAAGAGGUUACUGACACCUCAUGUUGCGUGCCGAUUAAGGAUAGGGAACUACCUAAACCCCACAGCAGAGAUGAAUACAGAGAGCUGUGCAUGCUGGAUGGAAAUUUACAGGAAAGCAUUUUGUUUCCUGAACCACAUGCUGCAUGUCCUCCCACAACAGAAAAAAGCAGCUGCUGUGAACAUACAGAACCUGAAAGCGGGGAUGGGGAUGCUUUUAAGAAACCUCUUGAACAGGAGACCAAGCCCACACAGAGCAGAGGCAUGUUUCAAACAACUGAAAAAGACAUAUAUGAUACUGCAGGAAAUCAUGAAACAUAUUUCAGAAACCAAAUAGAAAAGAAGGCAAUGGAUGAAGUUACAGAAAUGUCGCAGCCAGAUGAAAAUGUACAAAGUAAACACCUUUGUGCACCAUCAGAAACUGAAAAAAAUAGCAACAUGUACCAUGCUCAAGCAGAAUGCAGCAUUGAGCAAGGCGCUGUUUUAUCACCAGACAUGUUUUCUACUGAUGCGGAAGAAAAUAGGCACAUAACCUUAUCUAGAGAUGCAGAAACUCAUGAUUUAGUGUAUGUUGUAAGUAAAGAUCAGAAAGAGCAGGUUAAAACCAAACAAAUGCAGGAAAUACAUCAAAUCUUACUUCCAAAGGAGUCUCCCAGACAAACACUGCACUUAAAUAAAGAUGCUACUUUGGACUCUCAACCUCUGGAAAAUUAUCAAGGCCUCAAAGAUGACGGUCACUUAGGCCUCAAAGCAUCAGGGAACAAGAGAAAAAUGGGGUCAAGCCGGAGAAAUAAAGGAAGAAAACACAGCCAGGUUACUGAACAAAAUCCAGAAAAUAAAGACGACGAUUUAGAAAGUACAGGAUAUGAUAAAACAACUCAAAUGUUAGCUGCAAGGACAGCAGGACAGGAAGAAUUAGAAAACUUGAUUCUGCCUGAAAACUUAGCAACAUUUAGAUCAACUGUGACUGAAAAGGUGCUGGAGGAAAACACAGUGUUUACACAUGAUGUUCUGGAAGACAGCGCAAUUGCAACAUCAAAUUUUAAUCCAAACUCAAACAAAGAAAACACAUUAAUUUCCAAUGCAGAAACAAAAGAGAAAAAUGCUAAACCUAUUGAGACUGAGGAUUCAAUUCAGCUCACAGGUUAUGACACAGAUAAAAAGGGUUUGAUGCAAUCAGUCCAAGCCUCUGUUUGGAAGGAUGGCUCAAAUAUGCAGAGUAUCUUAUUUCAUGACAGCAUUAUCAGCCUGAAGCCAGAGAGUGUGCAUGUCAUUGAUCAAGAAGAAGCCUUACAGAGACAAAACAGAGACGCUUUAUCUUGUGGAAAAGACCUGCCGGGACCAGAAGUCCACUUUCAGCAGACAAACAAAGAGAUAGAAACAAUUGGAUUUGGAACAGAAGACUGCAGUUCAGGAGGGGAAAGCUCAAUGGAUGUACACAAUCUUAAACAGGAAGAAGUGGGAGAAAAAUGUACGUUUGCAACCCAGCAGAAACAUUCUACAAAUGAGUUUGUUUCUGAUUCGCAGGAGCCAGCUAUGCAUGCAUCCUACAAAGGGGGAAAUUCUACAACAAUAAAUGCACUGGACAGCCAAGGAGAAAAACCUCAAGUAACAUCAAAACAAAAGAAGAAAAAGAUUGGAUCUUCUCGCAGGACUCCAAUGAACAGAAAACGAGAGGGUGAGACACACAAAAAGGAUGAGACAGAAGAAAGUGACUUUAGCACAAAAGCUGACAUGAUGAAUUUGGGUGAGAUGGAGGUUGUGGGGGAAGUACCGGUAAAUGUAGAGUUACUACAAGAUGAAGAUGUAAAUCCACAACCACAAACUUUAAUUCAACAAGAAACUCCAGAAACCGAAACCAGUGAUGGGCUACAGAGCAGUAACACAAGCCUAGUUUUCUCUCCUGAACAAUCUGCCAAAAUAGAUCUUAUAGAAACACCAAAACCAGAUGAUUUUUCAAGCACUGAGACCCAAAUAACCUCUGAGGUUGCAGAAAGAAACAGUAACGUAAUAAAUCAGUCAAUUUAUUCAAACACUGGCACCCCAGGGGGGAGCUUAGAGUUAUUCUGUGACCUCUCACGGAAUAUACAAGGGGAUGAGCACAGUCCAGAGAACAUAGAGGUAAGACAAGUCCAAGAUAUUCAAGAACAAAUGCCAAGUAUCAUGACUCAAGGAAUUCAAAGUCAGCAUCCUGGGAUAAGGAAAUCAAGUCCGGAUUUAACUCCAACAAACAGGAGAAGAAAAAUGGGUUCUACUCGUAAAAAUCUAGGAACACGGACCAAACAAGAAAUCAUGGACCCGGAAAAUGAAUCAACAGAUACUGUAACAUCUUCUGGAGAUGUAACCGUGGUCAGCGUCUCAGGAAAUGAAGACACAGAACUGCAGCUUCACACAGAACACAUAUAUGAGAACUCCCAUCAAGGAAAAGAGAAAGAAACUAUGGAAAUCAGCCAGUUUGGUGAGUCUUUGUUAAGAGCUCUGGCUGAGGAAAUGGCUGAGGAAAGUUCAAUCUCAGAAAAGCAAAUGGUAGAAACAGAACAGCAGCAAAGUCCUAGUGGACUUUCAUUCAGCCCUCCCUCGUCAGAAUCAGCCUCCGGAGGGAGAAGGAAAAAAUUUGGAUCAAAUCGGAAGUCAGGGUUACAACAACGAAAACUAGACCAAAAUCCACAAAAUAAAGACGAAGCAGGAGGAACUGUUGAGGGAGGUGCACACAAGGAAGCUGAAGGAGAAAACUCAUCAGGACUGAGCAAAAUAUCAGAGGUUUAUGACAAUGAGGACAAAGCAUCUUCUAGCACCAAUAUUUCAGAGGCUGCAGAGUUUCCAAAGCUUGUAAGGGAGAAUACACAAGAGAAGCUUCUCCAUGGUGCUAUCCGCUUGGAUCAAGAAAGUGGGAGUCACUUUUCAUUUGGUACUACUAGUGACACAGAUACAUCAAACUGUUACAAUGUGGUGAUGAUUGGAGAGAGCUGCGUUGGAAAGACUUCCUUCAUGAAAAGAGCUCAGAGUGGGAAGUUUUCUUUAGAGUUGCCUGCCUCUGUUGGUCUUGAUUCCUGCAAGUGGACUGUGGUAGUAGAUGGAAAACCUAUGGUUCUACACUUAUGGGAUACAGCUGGACAAGAACGGUUUCACAGCAUUACCAGACAAGUAUUUCACAAGGCCCAGGCUUUUCUCCUGAUGUACGACAUCACUUCUUCCCAGAGUUUUUCAGCCGUCAGCUACUGGGCAGACUCAAUUCAGGAAGCUGCUGUACAAGACGUAACUGUUUUACUACUUGGAAACAAAAGUGAUCAAGCAAAGAGACAAGUUAAAACAGAACAGGGGGACAUCCUUGCUAAGGAAUAUAACUUUAAUUUCAUGGAGUGCAGUGCUGCCACGGGUGAAAAUGUGAUUGAGGCUUUGGAAACUGUGGCCAGGAUGCUGAGUCAUAGAGCUGACCUGCUAAGAGAGGAAGUCACAGUGUUACACAGAGAGCCAGCACAGAGAAAGACAUCAAAAUGUUGCUGAACAGAUGCGUCUGUUUCACAAAGCAACACGUGACAUCCUGCAAAUAGUGAAGAUAAUUUCCUGAGUGGACUUGUAUGUAAAGUUACUAUAACUUCAAUUUCUCUUUAUUAUAAUUACUUGUUUAAUCUAGAAAGGGAAUUUGGGAAACACAACCAAAACAGUAAGUGAUGGGCUUUGAAACGUUGAUUGUUGAUUUUUAUAUAUUCUUUAUAGAUCAGCAAUGGUGACAAAAAGGGAUAUCAGAUUUAAUUGUGCCUUAAUCAUCUCUGUGUUCAGUUUGUCUUCUGGAACAUACAUUUUCUUUGAAUUUAGGUUUAAGAAUUUUUCUUCCCUAUUUAUAUAGAGGUACUCCAAUAUUUUCUCUUGGGAAGUUUCCUUUUGCACUAAGUGGACGUCUUCAGUUCCAAGUUUUAUUGUGUACAUAAAGGUUUUAUAAAAGAUGGUAAGAUGUGGAAAAGAAACACUUUUUCUUGUACCCGUUUCCAUGGACUGUGCUCUGGAUUGAGUUUUAAAUUAUAAUUUGGCACUCAUCCUCCCUGCAGUGGUCCCAGCUGCCAGGUCGCUCAUAUAAUUCAAUUCAUUCCUCUUAUGAUUAAAAGCAGUGGUUGUAAAAAGAUAUUUCAGUGCAAAUGUCAUUUUUUAUUACACUGAUGUGCAUUUCCAAUAAACCCCGCACCGAUGAGAACAGAGAAACCCAGAGGCACAAUCAAUCACACAAUGAAAUUGUUCUAAUCUCAUGUUCUAUUCUCAAUAAACUCCCAGUUCAACAAUUUGUCUGCCUUGCAGACUUAAUUUGUGUCCUCAAGUGAAUUGUUCUCUUCCAGACUGACAAGGAAAGAUGUGUUCCCAGAGGGAAAACAAGUCAUUGAACGACAUGAGGAGCACAACAACAAUGGCGCCACCAUGGCAAUAACCUCAUAACUUCCCGCAGGAUGUUCAGCUGGGAACAUAAAUGCAUAGAUGAACUCCUCCAGCAUCCACAGAGGUCACAAAUAAUUGAAGUAGAUCUGGUUUUAAAGACUGGCACUAACUUUAGUACAUUUACUCGCCAGUGAAAGUUCAUUCUUGUCUCAGUUUUAGUUUUCUGCUAAACGCAUUAGGCAGCCUGGAAAUUUCAGUCAGUUUGGAGCAAAAUAAAGCAAAAGACAUCAUUUAUCAGUAGUGAUCGGUGAGAAAGUUUUGUUGUAUUCAGACGUCUGCUAAAUCUCCUUUAUUCAUUUAAGGUUGCAAAACAAUUUUCCAGACAUAAAUUUUCAGAGAUCGCAGUCUUGAGUAUGAGUUAUGCCUUAUAUUUUUACAGUGGUUAGACUAAAUAUGGAAUCUGCAAAAACCACAGACAGAUGGACAAAUAAAUAGCAGGAUGGUUUGAAUGACAAAUGGGUGGAUGGUGGGAAAGAUAAGACCCAGGUAAGUGGAUAGAUUGAUAAAUGGGUGCAACUUUUAGGUGAAAGUCAGAAAAUACCUGUUUUUUCACUAUAUUGUCUAUACAUUUUCAUAACUGGUAGACAUCCAAGUUUUGCAAUUGGUGUAGUGCCCCUAUUUAUUCCAAGUGACCAAAUUUUCUCCAGGGAAUGUUGAAAGACACUGGAAAAAACAAGAUCCAUUUGAGAUACAAAGAGAGAAAGCUGGCUGGCAGCCAUUUCAGAAGGAAUCAGACAGAUACUUGAGCAUAUAAGCAAUAUAAAACUAGUAACUAUAACUAUUAUUGCAGACUUUAAGAUGGCUGACAUAGGAACAUCACAAAUUAACAAAAGUAGCUUUGACCUCUUGCCUCCAGGGGGUGUAUUUUCCAUAAUAAAGCUAGUGCAAUAUUUAUAAUCUAUAAGCAACAAUAGGUAUAAAAUCAAUAUCUAUCUAUACCAUAACUUCCACCACAAUCAAAAACAUGAAUGCACUCUUAGAUUAAAAUUUACUGAAAUUAAAUUACAGAAUGAGCCGAAACAUGUAAUGGAUUUACACAGUUCUGGUUAAGAGUUCACAUAAAACUCAUCAGUCUUAGUUAACUGGAACUGUUCUUUAUCCACACCAGAAUCUUCAUAAAACAAACUUCAGAGGUUUCUAGAAACAAGUUAUAGAUUCAUAAAUUGGUCAUUUUUGUGGAUUUUUUCUAAUCCAAACAAGGUCGAAUUCAUACA